AUGGAUGCCAUGACCGAAGCUGAGAGCCAGCAGGAUUGGCUUCACUUGCAGCUCCUUGUGGAUUCUCCACACAUACAAGGCUGGCAGCGAAAUCCCACUCUUGGGCGACAGCGGUGGCGAGGGCCUGGGGGUGCACGGCGAUUCGGGAGCUCCCCAUUGCGUGACGGACAAUGCUGCAAUCUGGUGCUUCUUCCUCCUCCUGCGGCUGUAAGUAGCAACUCAGGAGCUCCGGCAGCAAGAAAUUCGUCGAAAUUCCCGCCGUCGCGAGUCGUGGCAUUCGCAUCACUCCUCCAGCAAUGCGGCCGCUCCAGAUCACUGCCCGAGGGCCGGAGAAUCCACGCCGAGAUCGUCGACACCGGCCUGGGCAAGGAUCUCUUCCUGGGCAACCAUCUCAUCCAAAUGUAUGGCAAAUGCGGCGCCAUGGAAGAGGCCAGGGCCGUCUUCGAGAAGAUAGAGUCUCCAAACAUUUUCUCCUGGAGCAUCAUCAUCGGUGCCUGCGUCGACAACGGCCUCGCCAGGAGAGCUCUCGAGCUCUACCACUGGAUGGAUCAUGAAGGCGUCAGGCUCGACAUGGUGGUGCUCAUCAAUCCCGUCAGCGCUUGCUCGAGCCUGGGCUCCCUAGAUCAUGGAAGAGCUCUCGAAGCUCGAAUCACUUCCAUGGGAUUCCACCUCCAUCCCGUGGUCUGGAACUCGCUGCUCAACAUGUACUGCAAGGCCGGGAGCAUCGACAACGCGAGGAAGUUCUUCCAGGACAUGGCUGGCGACCAGAGUGUUGUCUCGUGGACGGCAAUGAUCUCUGGCUUUGCUCUCCACGGCUGUGAGGACCUCGCACUGGAUUUCUUCCGGAAGAUGGUGGCAGAGGGGGUGAGGCCGAACGAAGUGACUUUCAGAUCUGGUGGUCUGGAACGCAAUGAUCACAGUGUGCUCGCAGCAAGGACUGGAGGAACAGGCUCUGAGAUGAUGGACUUGGAGGGGCAUACUCCCGACGAGGUCACUCUCGUCACAGCCCUCGAGGCCUGCUCCAACUUAAACUUGCUCGCUGCCGGGAAGAAACUCCAUGAGCUCAUUCUCGACGCCGGUCUCGACUCCUCGAUCGUGAGGAACUCGCUGCUCAACAUGUAUGGGAAGUGCGGUGGCCUGGACGAAGCGAGGAGAGUGUUUGAGCGCUGCGGUGACUGCCGGAACUUGAUCACCUGGAGCACGAUGAUCGCGGCUUACAGCUUGAAUGGAGACGGCAGGCAGGCACUCUCGCUGUACAAGAAGAUGGAUCUCGAGGGACUGGAGCCGGACGAGUACACUUUCACGAGCCUCCUGGACGCGUGCUCCAUAGCCGGCGACACUCUCACCGAGGGACGAGCUCUCCACAGGCGCCUCGAGGCCAAGGGACUGGAGAAGAAGAUGGUGCUCGCGACUGCUCUCAUCAACAUGUAUGGACGAUACGGCCAGCUCGAGGACGCGCUGAGAGUCUUUGAGAAGAUGAACCACUGGAACUUGGUGGCCUGGACGGCUCUCAUAGCGGCCUUUGCUCAGCACGGCAACGUCCACGCGAUCGAUCUCUCGUGGAGAAUGCAUCUCGAGGGCGUCCAAGCUGACAACAUCGUCUUCCUCAGCGUGCUCCACGCUUGCAGCCACGCCGUGGUCCUUGAGGCCGGACUGAGCUGCUUCCAGGAAAUGGUGGCCGACUUUGGAGUGAGAGGUGGCGCUGCUCACUACAGCUGCAUGGUGGAUCUCCUGGCCCGCUGUGGACGAGUUGCCGAGGCCGAGGAGUUGCUCCACAGCAUGCCUUUCGAGCCGGCUCACAUGGAGAUGAAGACGCUGCUAGCUGCGUGCCGGGUGAGCGGAGAUACUCCCCGGGGAGCUCGGGUGGCGCGUCUCGCAUCGGGUCUGAUACCGCAUGACGCCGCUCCCUACGUGCUCAUGUCUCACGCUUACGCCGCCGUGGAGAAGUGGGACGAGGUGGCGGAAGUCCAAGAGAGAAUGGCGAAGCUUGGCGUGAAGAAGCCGAGGGGCUGGAGCUGCGUGGAGGUGAAGAACAGGGUCCAUCAGUUCUUUGCUGGGAACUUCUCGUGGCAUUCGGAGGCUGCCGAGAUCGAGGUGGAGCUGCGGCGGUUGCAAGCGGUCGUGAAGGAGGGCGGCUACAUUCCAGAUACUGGACAGAUCGGGCACCGUCUUGAGGAGGAUGGCAAGGAGGAUCUGCUGGCUCUCCACAGCGAACGUGUGGCUAUCGCGUUUGGACUGCUGCGAGUUCCGGCGGGGCUUCCCAUUCACGUCGUGAAGAACCUCCGGGUGUGCUCCGACUGCCAUGCAGUGGCCAAGAUCAUUUCCAGGAGUGUGGGAAGGAGGAUCGUGGUGAGAGAUGCGUACCGGUUCCACCGCUUUGAGAAUGGCACUUGCUCCUGUGGAGACUACUGGUGA